AUGAUGAGCCGAUACGGCAGACAGUCAGAGCGCAGCUACUACAGGCACGUCGUACGCCGCCAAGAACGACGACGAUCCUACGGAGUUUACGAAUAUGAUAGCGACGAAGCAGACGGUCACGAUCACGAUCACGAUCAUGAUCAUGAUCAUGGAUCUGACGAUCGCAACUUCUACGCAGUUCAUAGGCCUGGCAACGGACAUGUCUCAAUAUUCGAAGAGGAAGAACAAUCGGGGCCACAAUUGGUGUGCUUCUACACUUCUUCGCCGAACGCUAUAGUGGAUGGCUGUCGUGCGAUACCAUGCGCCACAGAUAUGUCCGGCUGGCGGAAUGUGCUUGCUCCUCCAUGCAUCAAUGGCCAAUACGUCUAUGCUCCGCUUCAGCCGCCAGCUGAAGCUCCCAAACCCUUCACCCUCCGGGUAAUAGAUCAUACUAAUGGCAAAAGAUGGCGGCGUUAUGGAGAGUCGUAUGUUAUCGAGGUCUCACCCCUAGCCACCGGCCAUGAUAUUGCCUCUUGGAUCUUAUCUUGUGCGAAGGAUAUAGAAAAAAAUGAAGUGUUUGUGCGAUGGGAUACUGGUUCCAUUGAGGAACUGGAUUACAAUAUCGAUUUGAAGGAGCUAAAGAAGGGGUGUCGCAAUCUCAUUGUCAGGGUUAAAGAUGCGCAUGGACACGAUCAUGGACACGAUCACGGACAUGAUCACGGCCACGAUCACGGCCACAGUCAUGGACACGAUCACGGCCACAGUCAUGGCCACAGUCACGGCCAUAGUCACGGCCACAGUCACGGUCAUCGCCAUGGUCGUCAUGGUCACCGUCACAAUCACAAUCAUCAUCACUAA